CCUGACCACAUCGGUAUUUGCCUCAAUCUGGAUCUCGAUCGGAUCUUCGGCACGGGAAAUCCCAUCCUCGGCCUCGGAAGGGGUUUGCCGAAGCCUUAGAGGCGGUGCCGCCACGAGGGCCACCUCGGGCCGAACCCCCCACCUUUCACCAGCUCGCUAAUUGACGACGACGGGGACGAGAAAACACACCGAAAAAGCAUGUUCAGAACACUGCACCUGCGCACACUUCGCCAGUUUCUGACUCCGAGAAGAUUCAAGUAUCGUGAGGUACAUAGAGGCAGAGGCAGAGGCAUUGCAAAUAUGGUGGGACUGCUGAAGAAACCAGUUAAGAUUGCAUUGGUGCAGCUAGCAAGUGGAGAAGACAAACCCGCCAACCUCACGCACGCCCGCGCCAAAGUCCUCGAAGCCUCGGAAGCCGGCGCGCAAAUAGUCGUGCUUCCAGAAUGUUUCAACUCGCCCUACGGCACCUCCUUCUUCCCUACGUACGCCGAGACGCUCCUCCCAUCCCCGCCUACGAAAGAACAGAGUCCGAGUUUCCAUGCGCUGAGCGGGAUGGCUAAAGACGCGGGUGUGUACUUGAUCGGCGGCUCGAUCCCCGAGCGAGCGCCCACGAGCCAGGAGGACGGGGAGGACGGAGCGAAGUUGUACAACACGAGCUUGACGUUUGGCAGGAAAGGAGAGUUGCUAGCGACGCAUAGGAAGGUACAUCUUUUUGACAUCGAUAUACCCGGCGGGAUCACGUUUCGAGAGAGCGAGGUCCUGUCUCCGGGGAACAAGGUCACGAUUGUGGAGUUGGAGGAGUUCGGCAAGGUGGGGGUAGCGAUUUGCUAUGAUGUGCGCUUCCCGGAGUUGGCCAUGGUUGCGAGUAGGAAGGGAGCUUUUGCGCUGGUUUACCCCGGGGCAUUUAAUACCACGACGGGGCCGCUGCAUUGGCGAUUGCUAGGCCAGGGACGCGCGGUCGAUAAUCAGGUUUAUGUGGCGAUGUGUUCCCCUGCGAGAGAUGAGAGUGCGGGGUAUAAGGCCUGGGGACAUAGUUUGGUGGCGGACCCGAUGGGAAAGGUUAUGGGCGAGGCGGGGGAGGGGGAGGAGAUUAUAUAUGCGGAGUUGAGUGGAGAGGAGAUCGAGAAGACGAGGAAGGGAAUUCCGGUUUAUAGUCAGAGGAGAUUUGAGGUUUAUCCGGAUGUUAGUGGGGGGAAGGUGAAGUAUGAGGAAGAUCCGCUGGGUGGAGGACGGUGGGAGUAUCAGAUGAAAGUCGUGGCUCAAUGGGAGGUUGAUGGGCCAGUUGGAGUGACUUCGUCGCGACGACGAGGCUCAACAAUCGGCAGCACCGGGCUGGAUUAUUCAAGCUGCCAUCGCGUGGACGAAGACAUCAUCUCCCGCAUCCGCUCCCUCCUCCUAUCACGAAACGAGCAUCGCCCUCCAAGAACGCCAUGCCCAUCUGACGAACACAAUCACCGCUGCUCCGAGCUCGAAGAUACAGUUGGCGGAUUCGAUUUCAGCACGGCGCAAAGCGUUGCGAAGAUUGCACGUCAAGAGGCUGGUCGGCUGAGUACUCCAGAUAUCGGAAAAGUCUCUGCGACAAGUAUCGAAAUGGAACCUCGAAAGACGCCUCGAGCGAGUCUACCGAGCAUCAAAUUCUCAGCACCGCGUUUGCGCAGCUCCAGCUCUGCGAAUGAUCUAAAGGUUCACGUCGACAUUGAAGACACUACACAAUCUCACACGACUGUGAAGUCCGACCCGGAUUUUCCCAGCGAAAAGAAACCCCGGUUCAAACUACCUAAAUUAGUUUUACAAGACAAGAGGAGAGUGAUCAGAAAGGUCAAAUCGUGCAUGGACAUCGAUCCGCCGAUUCCUGAAGACGAUGCUAAGAUCCACGAGACCGAACUCCUCUGCUGCCCUCCCUGCGAUCCGAAUGAUGUCCCAAAGUCAAAAUACACCACAAACUACCCGCGAUGGCCUGGUGGAACGGUUCGAGCAGUGCCAGGCGACCUUGCCUGCUUUCUUGCAGGUUGUCCUCCGAGUCACCUCGAAUGCAGGAAGCACCACCGCCGUCAGAAUCCACAACACUCUAUACAUGAUCGUCGACUCGCAGAGGAUUUCAAGGGUGUUGCCGACGGCAUCGCACAAGACAUUGCCAGACUGGGUCAUUCUUUGAAGGAUGUCAAAGUGUGGUCCAAAGAUCACCCUGGUGCACAGCAAAUCCCGAAGCCAAAUGUUGAGGGUCAAGGUGGUCGUUUUGGCAGUGACGGAGGGAAGGGGGCACCAGCGAUAUCUGUGAAGCCUCCAACCAGUACUUCUGAAGAGGCCUCAGAGCCAGAGAUAUGUAGCAGCGUUACCUUGACCUCCGAUGCAUUUCCUCACGCCUCCCAAUCCAUGGAACUCGUUGCCAACGAGACUGCACCUCAUCGUUUCUCUACAACUGUCUCUACAAAUUUUAGCUUGCCAGGAUACAAGUCUAGACGUGGCUCUCAACUCAGCCCCCGCCCUUCCAAGCAGGAACCAAGACGCCCUCCCCCACCAAUCGAUACGAGCCCCAUACGUACAGUCACAUUUUCACCACCAGGUCGGACGUCCUCUAACAUAUCUCCUAAAAAUUCCAUGCCCACGAAGGAAUCCGAGAUACCGCUAGCAUCGAGGUCAAAGCCCGAGUCGAAACCGCCCUCGAUUCUCUCUGGUGGUUCAAGACGGUCAGCUUCAGCUCGACAUGCUUUGCUAAAACCCUCUGUAACGGAGGCUCAACCAGUUGAUACUGGUCUGCCCAUACCUCCGGUACUCUCACCAAUCUCUACUAUUCCAGAGCAAGCGUUUCCGGAGUUGCCUGAUUAUUACCAAACAUCGGAGGGUGUUUCAGUUACGGACUUUGGCAAAGGAAGAAAAGAAGCAGAUAUGGUUUUAAGUGUGCAUGCUGCAAACUCCCCGCCACCGAAAGAAACUGGGCUUGAGGUCUCCAAACCUUGGAAGGCCACACUUGGUGAUGUUCAAGCCACGACGGCUCCCCCGGUUGUCGGGCAUGUGGCCAGUGCCCGAAAUGCAGAGGAUCUUCUGCAGGGUGUCCGAAGUAGCGCAGAAGGAGCACGUGUGGAUGCACAACCUCUUCCCGUACGCCCUCAGUCUCCUCCACCCACCAUCGUCAAAGCCAAGGCAGCUGUUGAUCCUCCACAGACCAUCGCAAAAUCUUCUCAGUCUCCACCUCCGGACAAUAAUCGCGCGUUGGCAACGGAAGCACUCGCUGCGGUAUCUCAGAGCGAUUCAUUGAACGCGGCUUACUGGGGUUCCAUUCCGACAAUCAGGGAAACCGUCCAGGAUGUAGUCCAAGUUGCUGUGCGCAAUGCCGUCAAGACUACCGUGCCGCCAGGAAUUGAGAAGGACAAAGCUUCAGAUGCAUAUCGAAGAGUGGUUGCCAGGUCUUUGGCUGAGGCAGCGAAGAGUGCGGACGAUUAUUUGCGCCGUGCUUCUCUCUGGAAUGAACCACCUUCCUCAAUACGAGGAUCGGAGUCGACUGUGAUACGUGGGCCUGGGGAACAGGUGGAUGAUUUGUUAUCAAAUAUUGGAGAUCCUCCAGCCGAAACGAUGCGCCGGAUGAGCGUUACUCCAAAAGAGUAUGUUGAAACGUACGGCAAUGGGCUGCAGAAUCUUGCCUUAUCGGUCGACGAAAUGGAUACUGUGCCUCUUGUCACAGCUGACAAGCCGAAGACCCGGAAGAAACGCCCCAGACCUUUUAGAAAUGGAGUUCGGUUUGGAUACGAUGCAAUUCCUACACGUGAUUCAUCAAAGAAUCAUGUUCUUAGCACGAAGACAUCGACUACGAACAUGUCGUCAAACCUCUCCCGCAAACGAUCUUUCGAACGGCUGGUAACCAGAGUCCAACUUCGUUCCAUAUCCUCUGAGGUGUCAUUGAAGCAAGACAGAGCUGGAGAGAAACUUCUUCUCUCAUCGAAAGGACUUGAUCGACGCAACGAUCGUAGCUCUGCGAGUUCGGAACAGAUCAACGGUCGUCAAAAUACUGUCCACUGGCUCAAGGGACUUCUCUUGGGCAAUGAUGUUUAUGAGACUCGAUUUACUGCUUUGCCUCCACGGGCUCUACGAGGCCCCUCAAGGUCGCAGACUGCUCCAGUGAAACCCGCCGCUGAAUUAUACCUCGAAGCCAACCCCAAGUCCGAAGAAGCAGAUCGACGGCUUGUGAAAGGCAAACGUGAUGAAAGAGCCGACCCAUCGGAAAACUUUACGAGGACGAUAAACGAUCUGGAGAAUUUGAUGAACGAGGCUCUGAUCAUCGCACGACAAGCCACCGAUGCUCAAGAUGCUGAAUAUGCACCAGCAGUUCUUGGUAAUGCAGCCAAAGUCCUGAAAACCGGACGAGACCGCUACCAGGCGAAGCUGUCUGGUAUUCUUGACUCCGAGGAAGCUCCAAGCAUGCAUGAAAGUCUACGGAGUUAUUCCGAUUCAGACAUAUCUUACCACCCUGACGAUCCAGACCUCUAUGUGCAGCCGUUAAAGGAACCUGGCAAGGGUCUUACCUUAUCCCUCCAGACACCACCGAAGAAGUCAGCUGGUUGGCCUCCCACAGGUCGCGUAAAAACACCUUAUCCCCCUGGAUCUAUGCCACCUUAUAACAACUCAAAGUCUCCUCCUGACGAAGGCGCCGAUUAUCUUACUGCAGCUGAUCCCCGGUCCUGGCCCACCGAGACCGAGCUCGAAGAGCCGCGGAAGAUAGACAAACCAGUUGAACCUGGCACCACCCUGGGCGAGGAUGAAUUCUUGGAUGAGACCAUUCCCGAAUUUAGGAAUCCUGAACCUUUCAGUACCCCAAUAAGUCGGGAAGGAACGCAGCGGAAAAGCUCUGCGAGAUCACCAAAGCGACUGAGUCCGACCAGACAGACUCGCACUGAGCCUCAACCAGAUCUCAGUGGGUUUCAGGACAUCCCUCUACCAAAGAUCACACCUCGGAAUACCGCCCCAUCUCGUAGAUGUGUCCAGGAUGCGCAUUCGGAAGAAGAGUAUCAAGCUGUCAAGACUAAACUUGCCUCGAAAUCUGUACCCAACAAGCAAGAGGUACGUGAUUACAUAAAGGCAAAUCGGAAUGUGCCCAUCCAGCCUCGAACAAGCUCUCAGAAUUUGAGGCAGCAGGCUGAGAAAGCACAGGGCCGAAAUUUAUUGACUCUAAAAAAUGGCAAGACAGCCCAGACAGGCGGGACUUUUGAUUGGCAAGACAUUGACAUGGAAAAUAUGCCACUUGUCAAUGAGGACGAUGACGAGGAAUCUCCUCCAGAACAAGGGCAGCAACCUGCCGCGCCUGCACAGCCCGACUGCGGUCAAAGCUUUGAUGGUUCUCAAGUCACCGAAGAGGUUGAUUUCAAUGUCGGGUUUGGAGUUCGACAAAGAGGCGGCGGUGAGCCGAGCCGCAGUGGGCCAGGAGUGGAGCUGCAAGACGACCCCGAUCGCAACCUGCCUCAAACAAGCAAAUCAAGGAAACGUCAGGCCUUCAGUCUUCGGGGGAAGAAUCACGUCAGCUUGAAUGAACAUCAUCACAAAGGAUUCAGCCUUGCACGAUCGCACAAGAGGCAAUCCAUCGCUCGGGACUGGUCACCCGGACGGAAACGAUUUGUUGCUUCAGUUGCUUGUUUUAGUACUGCCCUGAUUGGCAUUCUUGUCGGAAUAUAUGCUGGAGAAACGCCGGCUAUUCAGUAUUAUAUCGUCGAUUUCCACCACUACACCGUCCUCGGCAAUGUGUUCUUCUUCAUUGGUCUUGCCGUUCCAACAUUAUUCUUCUGGCCUUUGCCUCUUCUUCAUGGACGGAAGCCGUAUAUCCUCGGCUCAAUGUCUCUUGCUAUGCCGCUCUUGUUUCCGCAAGCGCUUGCGGUCGGUUCGUUCAGAUCUCCUUAUGUGUCUAUUUAUCGAGUCGGACUCCUUCUUUCCCGUGCCGCCAUGGGCUUCUGUCUGGGCUUCGCAAACAUGAAUUUCAAAUCAAUGCUCACGGAUCUGUUCGGCGCUUCACUUCAGAGCACCAACCCUCACCAAGAACAUGUCGAUGAGUUCGAUGUUAGGCGCCAUGGUGGAGGAAUGGGUGUCUGGCUUGGCCUCUGGACUUGGUCUGCCCUCGGCUCAAUCGGUCUUGGUUUCUUGAUUGGUGCUGCCAUCGUGAACCACUUGCCUCCAGCCUACGGCUUCUACGUCAGUAUUAUCAUCAUUGCAUUCGUUAUGCUUCUCAAUGUCCUUUGUCCAGAGGUUAGACGGUCUGCUUUCAGAAGAUCCGUUGCUGAAGUCGUCAAUGGGCCGGAAGUGUCUCGCAGAUUGGCUCGAGGUGAGGUGAAGAUGCAUCUGGUUCAAAGUGGCCCCAAGUGGUGGGGUGAGGAAUUUCACUACGGUGUUAUGCUUUCCUUGAAGAUGCUUCGGCAGCCCGGUUUCAUGGUCAUGGCCGUGUAUGUCGCGUGGAUUUAUGGGCAGAUGGUGUUGAACAUUCUGCUACUCGGUGCUUUGAUGUCAAAGGACUACAAGUUCACAUCACCUCGAGUUGGAGCCAGCGUCAUGGCGAUCCCAAUUGGUGCGUUCUGCGCAAUUCCAUUCCAGAAAGCAUCUCUCUUCAGUCGAUCCCAUCAAUCUGGUCCUCCAAACGAUGACCAAACUUUUCAAAAGAAGGUUUCUUGGACCUCGCACAUGGUUCGACGUGCCAUAUUCAUCUUGGUUCUUCCCUUCGCUGGUCUGGGAUAUACCCUCUCGGCGAGCGGUCCCCCGGUGCCAUUCAUCAUUCCAAUAUUGUUUGCUGGACUGAUUGGCUUUCUCUCCAAUCUUGCUAUGGCCGAAUGCCAUGGUAUCAUCAUGGAAACAUUUGAUACCUCAGAUCUGCAGCCUGGAAUGACUGGUCGCCCACGUGGCUCUUCGGGCGACAAGACAGCAAGCAAACGUACGAAUUACUCAUCGUUUCCUCGUGUUUGUUCAGCGUUUGGUAUCACGCAAGGGCUCGGCUAUCUGAUCGCUUCUGCAGCUUCUGGUGCUGGUGGUGUCCUAUCAAGACAUCUGGGCCAACAAGCAGCUUGCGGUGUUAUGGCUGGUGUUCUGCUCAUCCUUUCGCUUAUGCUUCUUGCGGUUCUCGUCCGUUUCACAGAGGUCCAAAUCAUCCCCGACUCGAAGAAAGCGGAAAUGGACCGAUACCACAAUGCCCGCCGGGCCUCCCAGCUUCGCGCUCAAGAGGGCCUCGAGGAAGAUGAACCCUGGCGUCCUGUCAUCAUCGGCAAUCCACACCACCACACUCGCCGAAUGUGCCUUCUCGAACUCGGCAGCAUGUCCCGCUUCAGCGAGAUUCGCUUAAAGAACAAGCUCGUCGACGAGAAGAGUCUCGAAGCCAAACAUCCCAAUCGUGCGGCUCUUGGAGCUUUCGAGGAUAAGAUCAAAGAGAAGGAAGUAGAGAUUGUCCGUCAUGUCAAGGGGAGCUUGAGUCGCGCUAGCUCGAAGGGUUCUCGGAGGAGUAAUCUCGGUGCUGUUCCUGAGCAGGGUGAUCUCGGCGGCCAUCGGGGUUGGCCGAGGGAAGGGCAGCAAAGGGAGGAAUUUGAGCAAGAUUCAGGACGUGGGGUGAUGAAUAGUGCUAAGACUUUGACUUUCGCCCACGGUGGUGAGACUGGGGAGCAGAAUUGUCAAAUGGCGGGAGGCAGAAACGAUGGUGGCGGAUCGAUGAGGAAGAAGGAGCCUGGCAAAUGGGUUGCUGGUGUGCUACUUAUUGGUAUGGACUUUGUCUGGAAGUGGGCGGGGGCGAGGGGCGGGUUGCAGGAGACUAGGGAUGUUGGUGAAGGGUGGGAGGGGUGGUAUUGGAGGAGUAGUGUUUGGAGUUGA